AAAAAAAAACCCUCCCUUUUUUUUUCAUUCUUUUAAUUAUUUUUCAACCUCUCCUUGAUUUCUAAAGGGAGAUACUUUAUUUUUAAAAAAAAAGAAGGAAAAAAAAAACCUUUUUUGGUCAUUCGAAGAGAAAAAAGAAAAAAAAAAAAAGAGUUCUUUUUUUUGUUUAGGACAAAAUGAGUUAUGGGGAUGAUGAUGCUCAGAACAAGAAAAGAUAUGCCAUCAUCGGCGUCUCGUCCAUGUUACUAGUGGCGAUGGUGGUGGCGGUGACAGUUGGUGUUAACCUAAACCAAGGGGAAACGAGCGAUCCGGCCAUUGGGAGCAAGUCUCAUGAAAUAUCUGCUUCAGUGAAAGCCAUUAAAGCCAUUUGUCAACCUACUGACUAUAAACAAGAAUGUGUUGCUAGUCUCAAGGCUGCUGGUAACAACUCUUCAGAUCCAAAGGAAUUGGUUCAAGCUGGCUUCAAAGCUGCCAUGAAGUUGAUCCAAGCUGCUGCUAAUAAAUCUGUCACCUUGAAAGAGAUUGAGAAAGACCCUAGAACCUCCAAAGCCCUUGCUGGUUGUAAAGAGCUCAUGGAUUUUGCCGUUGAUGAGCUUAAAUACUCGAUGAACAAGCUCGGCGAGUUUGAUAUUAGUAAACUCGAUGAGAUGUUGAUUGAUAUUAAGAUCUGGCUCAGCGCUACCAUUACUUAUCAGGAAACUUGCUUGGAUGGGUUUGAGAACACAACAGGAAAUGCAGCAGAGAAAAUGAAGAAGGCAUUGAAGACGUCGAUGAAGUUGAGCAGCAAUGGGUUGGCGAUGGUGUCGCAGAUCUCGUCCAUGUUGACAGAGUUGCAAAUUCCAGGGAUUAGCCGAAGGCGACUUCUUGAGAUUCCGGUUCUUGGACACGAUGAUUACCCCGAUUGGGCGAACCCUGGGAUGCGACGACUCCUAGCUGCCGGGACAAGAGUGAAGCCCAAUGUUGUGGUGGCUAAGGAUGGAAGUGGUCAGUUCAGGACUAUUCAAGAGGCUCUUGACAAAGUUCCAAAGAGGAAGAACAAUGCAACUUAUGUGAUUCAUAUCAAGCAAGGAGUGUAUAAGGAAUAUCUCAUGAUUAAAAAAUCCCUCACCCAUUUGAUGCUCAUUGGUGAUGGCCCUAAAAAGACCAUUAUCACUGGAAGCAAGAACUUUAUUGAUGGCACACCCACCUUCAAAACUGCAACUGUUGCUGUGACAGCAGAGCACUUCAUGGCAAGAGACAUCGGGUUCGAGAACACGGCAGGGCCACAUAAGCAUCAAGCCGUCGCAUUAAGAGUCCAAGCCGACAAAGCCGUAUUCUACAACUGUGAAAUGCAUGGUUACCAAGACACUCUCUACGUCCACACCAUGCGUCAAUUCUACCGCGAUUGCACCAUCUCCGGUACCAUCGACUUCGUCUUCGGCGACGCAGCGGCCGUCUUCCAAAGCUGCACCUUCCUAGUCCGCAAGCCACUUCCAAACCAGCAAUGCAUCGUCACGGCACAUGGACGCAAGGAGCGCCGCCAACCAUCCGCCCUCAUUAUCCAAAACAGUUCCUUCAAGGCCGACGCCGACCUCGCCCCAGUGCAAAAGCAGUUCCGAUCCUUCCUUGGACGACCAUGGAAGGAAUAUUCUAGAACAAUCAUCAUGGAAUCAUACAUUGGUGACUUGAUUCAGCCUGAAGGUUGGUUGCCAUGGGCUGGAGAUUGGGGCUUGAAGACAUGUUUUUACACAGAGUAUAAUAAUUAUGGGCCAGGAUCUGAUAAAUCAAAGAGGGUGAAAUGGAGAGGGAUUAAGACAAUUACACCACAACAUGCUGUAGAUUUUACUGCCGGAAGGUUUCUUAGAGGGGAUAGUUGGAUUAAGUCUACCGGAGUUCCUUAUGUUUCCGGCAUGACCAGAACCCGCGCCGCCGCUGCAAGGGGCGGAGCUACUCAUUGAUUUUUUGUUGUUUCAACAUUUAUUUGUUAUGUAAUGGCGGCCGGCCGUCUCUCUGGCUUGGCUCAAUCCUUUUUUUCCCUUUUUCUGUCUCUCUAAUGUGGUUUAAGACUUUUAAGUUGUGUGUUCAUGUGUGGGUCUAAUUCUAUAUAGUGGAAGAAAAUAUUUUCUUCUUUUUUCUUUUUAUGGUUACAUUUGUUUGCAAUUCUUCCAUUUUUUUUCUUUUUUUUUUUAGAGUUUGGGUUUGGACCUUUUUGUUUCUUUAAUUUACUUCCUUUUCUUAAUAAAUCACCAAUUAAUUGCUUCUCCAUUAA